AUGCAGCAAAAUACUUUGGUUCAUUCACAGGAUUUGACAAAUCAACUUGACGCACUCGGAGAUGUUGGAAGCAAUGGAAUACUUUUUGAAAACAAUGAAAAAGAAGGGAUACAACAGCACAAGAUCCAUACGGAAGUACCACGCAAAGUAUCAUUAUUUCAAGAAUAUAUUCAUCAUGCCAAUUUGAGAGGAUGGUAUUUUGUAAAAAUUGAAGGAAUGAGACCUGGAAGGUCUGUUUUGUCAACGUAUGAGUUGUUUUCAUUGGAGAGCUUGCCACCUCUAGAUUUUAAUAAUGACUACCGGUUGUUUUUGAGCAAGUACGAGUUGAAUGGAAAUCAUGAUGAAAGUAUAGAAGCUGCUAUAGAGUCAACAGAGGAAUUACCAACACUAACAUUCAAAGAUUUACAACUUGAUCCUAGCAGCGUGGACUUGGACGUCGAUUUUGAAAAAAUACCUUAUUCAGUUCUUCAAUUAUUCCAAAAAGAAAAUUCUAAAAUGCUGUCCAAGUCUCUAAUUUCUCCAACAGGAUGUUAUUUUCAGCUGUCAAAAGCGAUUGGGCCAUUGAAUUUAUAUUCAGACUCUGAGGUAUUUUUGGUGCCAUUUUUUAAGGAUGAAUAUGGGGUGCUGACUUGGUAUGCACUGUUUGACAGGUCGCUUCCUGACGACCAAGUUGGUAGCUUCUCAAAGCCUGUCGUAGUUUCAGGUAUUCCAAGUUGUAGCGAUAUUUUGAACAUUAAUUUAAGAGACUUUGAUAUUGUUUCACUUCAUGUUGAAGAAUUUGUUUGGAGAACGUUUAUUGAGGGAUUCAUUUGGAAAGAGCUCCAUAAAUCGCAUGAUAAAUCAGUGAAGGAGUUACACAAUUGUCACUUACGAUUGUAUGGCAUUCAGUGCACGAUUUUUCAACACAGAUCUAAAAUUGUUAAAGAAAGUGAGCAAAGACAAAGAGAACAACAACUAACUAAUUUAGAUGAUACUGAUAUUGAUAUUGUUACCAAGCGAUAA